CAUUACGAUGACGCUGGUCGCGUUCUUCCUCACUGCCACCAAGCUCGCCGGAGCUCUCUUUACUCUCACCGUUGCCGCCAACGCCUUCUCCUACUCCCGCUUCCGCAAGAACAACCUUCGCCGAUUCCGCUCCCCUAUCGACGAAACUUCCGACAAAGAGAGCUCGGAUUAAAAUAUACUCAGUGUCCUGGAGCUCUCUUCGUCCCCUCCGUAAACCUCGUCGCAGACGAUUGCCUCUCCUUCUUCAACUCUAUCAAACAACAAAACCCCCAAUUCCAACACCUCCCCUCUUUUCUCUUCGGCGAGUCCAUGGGCGCCGCCAUCUGCCUCCUCAUUCACUUCCUCUCCCCGGAACCCUUCAACGGCGCCGUUUUAGUCGCCCCCAUGUGCAAAAUCUCCGACAGCGUCAGACCCAGAUGGCCCAUUCCCCAGAUCCUCACCUUCCUCGCCAGAUUCUUCCCCACUCUCCCCAUCGUCCCCACCCCCGAUCUCCUCUUCAAGUCCGUCAAGGUUCCCCGCAAGAAACUCAUCGCCAACAUGAACCCUUUGAGGUAUCGCGGAAAGCCGAGGUUGGGCACCGUCGUCGAACUUUUAAGGGUUACCGACUUCCUCAAUCAGAGGCUCUCUGAUGUCAACCUUCCUUUCAUUGUCUUGCACGGCAGCGCCGAUGCUGUCACCGACCCCGAUGUGAGUAGGGAGUUGUACCGCGAAGCCAGGACCCUCGAUAAGACCAUCAAGGUUUACGACGGGAUGAUGCAUUCCUUGCUGUUCGGAGAGACCGAUGAAAAUGUUGAGAUUGUCAGAAACGAUGUUCUGUCGUGGCUGCUCGCUAGGUCUGGUGGGGAAACAAGACUUCAAUGAAGAAGGUUUCAAGGUUCUGUUUUGUUAAUUGUCUUGAUGCAUUUGGUGAAUUCGAUGCUACAAACAAAAUUAUAUCAUCGGACUGGCAACACCAAAAUGUGAACUGUACUGUCCAUUUCAUCCAACAAUUCUAAUUUAUUGAUAUAUUGAUGCAAGAAAUUUAUUCCCUUCACCAAAUGUUCACUUCAUCGUUUCUGUAUGGGCAAAUCAUGAACAAAAGCUACCACUUUUGGCAACGGUGAGAGUAAAGAGAGCUCCGGCGAGCUUGGUGGCGGUG